AAUACCAGAAGCCGGCCUUGUUGUUGUUUUUGUUGUUGCAGCUGGUUAGCUCUGCUUAUGCGCAGAACAUUCGUGUUUACCUUUGGUUUAGGGAUCGAACUGGUACACUGUCGGGACUAGAUGUCACCGGUGAGAGUGGCCCGCAGCUCGUCGAUAUUCCCUAAAACCGCUUAGUGGACUGUUCCUCGUAUGCUAGAAUAAUGACUUCCUGAUGGCGUUUUCUCCUCGAACCGCCCGGCAGAAACAGCCGUUUUUACCCUUGAAUCAGACAGUCAAUCUCGCAGUGUGCCUCGCAGCCAUUCACAGUGCCGUCAGCGGUAGCGCAAUGUAUUCCAGUACCAUUAGUGAGGUUAAGCUGCUCCCGCAUGUUUGUUGAACGAAUUUUCACUUCGACCCGAUGGCCUGCAGCUCGGUGCUCUAGAAGCGCUGAGUAGAAGAUUCGUGGAAUCACACUGUGAUUCUACUGACAUUUGUUUAAAACCAUUUUACAACAUCAAGCCUACUUUUCUUUCAAAAUGUCGAACACAUUGAUGCAGCAAUAUGUCAAGGGCUUGAAGUCCCGAAAUGACGACACCCGCAAGAAAGCAGCCAGAGAUCUACUUCAAUACUUGACCACAGAAUUACGAGAAGUGUCUCUAGAAGAGCAAGCUGCUUUUAUGGACGAGUUUAAUGACCAUAUAUUUGAAAUGGUAUCCGGUUCUGAUGUGAAUGAGAAAAAGGGUGGUAUUCUUGCCAUUGUUUGUUUAAUUGAAGCUGAUGUCGGAAAUAUAAAUACCAGAAUAGGUCGUUUUGCCAACUAUUUGCGUAAUUUGCUCCCAUCAAAUGAUACUGGGGUGAUGGAGCUGGCAGCCCACACUGUUGGUAUGCUUGCUCUGGUCUCUGGUACCUAUGCUGCAGAAUAUUUUGAAUUUGAAGUGAAAAGGGCCUUUGAGUGGCUGGGUGGUGACAGAAAUGAAGGCAAACGACUGGCAGCAGUUUUGGUCCUCCGGAAGCUGGCCCUCUUUGUUCCCACAUAUUUUUAUCAACAAGUUCAGACCUUCUUUGACCUAAUUUUUAAUGCAGUCCGUGAUCCCAAGCCUGCUAUCCGUGAGGGAGCAGUGGAAGCAAUUCGUGCUGCUCUGAUUGCUACAAGUCAGAGAGAAAUGGCCAAACAGGCUCAAAAGCCCACCUGGUACAAGCAAUGUUUUGAUGAAGUAGUGAAAGGUUUUGAAGAGUCUGUAUUUAAAGAGAGAGGCACAAACAGGGAAGACCGUGUGCAUGGAUCUCUCUUGGUUUUGAUUGAAUUGUUCCGUUGCUCCAAUGCCAAUUGGGAAAGGAAAUAUGUAGGGCUCAUGGAUAAGCUGCAAGUUGAACCUGAAACCAAAACUGAUGAAUGUAUGGAUAUAGUUGCAUUGCAUCGAAAGCCACCUGUGGGAUCUAAAUCUCACAAUGGGCAUCAUCGUGAAAGUGCUCCCUCUGUCACUAUUAUUUAUGAAAGUGCUGCUUGUCGCCAGUUGAUAAUGGAGCGCUUUGAUGACAUAUGCAUGGAUGUUUUGGCUCAGCGAAUUGUGCGCAACUCUCACCUUCAGCACACACUUCUUACCAUCUUACCCAGGCUUGCUGCAUUCAACCGUGAAAAAUUCACACAUUUCCAUUUGCGUUCAGCCAUAACAUACAUCUUAAGUAGUCUGCGUAGUCGAGAAAAAGACCGUGCCACUGCUUUCACAACUGUUGGAUUAUUAGCUGUAGCAGUUGAGGACGAUAUCAAAGAAUACAUACCCAAAAUAAUGGAAGUUAUACGGGCCUCCCUUCCAACCAAAGACACUCCAAGCAAGAAAAGAUAUGCCCCACUUGAACCAGCUGUGUUGGUAUGCAUAUCAUUAAUGGGAGAGGCUGUUGGACCAGAUUUGCACAAUGAAAUACGCGAUCUUUUAGAACCUCUGUGGUCAACUGGUUUGAGUGCAACUCUUGAUACCUGUCUGCGGACACUUGCUGUCAGCGUUCCUCAGUUAAAAAGAGAAAUUUCAGAAGGUUUACUACGCAUGUUGUCCCAAGUUCUCAUGCACAAGCAGAUCCGACAUCCUGGAAUGCCUCGUCAUCUAUCUGGUAGUGGUGGUAUAGGAAGCAGCACUUCUGUGCCUUACAACCUUAAUUCUCCAGAGGGCUAUGACACCCAAAGUAUUGUUCUUGCUCUGCGUACACUUGGCAGCUUCAAUUUUGAUGGAUACUCAUUGCUGCAAUUUGUAUGUCGAUGUGCUGACCACUUUCUUACCAGUGAACAGCAAGAAAUACGGCUGGAGACUGUACGCACAUGCAGCCGGCUUUUGAAACUUGCUCUUGAAUCUUGUGGUAAACGGCCAACAGACACACUGAGAGAGACUGUUGCUGAAGUAAUUAGAAAACUUCUCAUUGUUGGUAUAACAGACACGGAUGCUGAUGUGCGUAAUUGGGUUUUGGCUUCUCUUGACUCUAGUUUUGACAUUCACUUAGCUCAGGCUGAGAAUUUGAGUGCUUUAUUUGUAUCUAUGAAUGAUGAAGUAUUUGAAAUUAGAGAAAUAGCAAUAUGCACCAUUGGUCGUUUGUGUAGUCUAAACCCAGCCUAUGCAAUGCCUGCUCUACGUAAGACCUUGAUGCAGUUCCUCACUGAGCUAGAGUACUCUGGGAUGGGCAGGAACAAGGAGCAAAGUGCUCGCAUGCUGGACCACCUUGUGGUCAGUGCCCCUCGCCUCCUGGAGCCCUACAUGGAGCCUGUGCUCAAAGUCCUUGUUCCCAAACUGCGAGAACUCGAUCUUAACCCUGGAGUCGUUGUUAGCAUAUUGAGAUGCAUCGGUGAUUUAGCUGAGGUAAGUGGAAGCGAUAUGUUGCCAUGGAUGGAUGAAUUGCUUGCAAUUCUUCUUGAGAUGCUGGGAGACAGUUCAUCACCUGAGAAAAGAGGUAUUGCGUUGUGGGUCCUGGGACGACUAGUCAGCUCAACUGGUUUUGUUGUACGACCAUAUAACAAAUACCCUCAACUUCUUGAAGUGCUUACAAAUUUCUUGAAGACAGAGCAACAGUCAACUAAUAGGCGAGAAACUAUCCGAGUUCUUGGUUUGUUGGGUGCUCUGGAUCCUUACAAACACAAAAUGAACCUUGGUCAAAUUGAUUCUCAGAUUGAUUCCACUGCUUUACUUGCAAUGACUGAUGUGAAGGGAGAAGUAGAUUCCAGCCUUGAAUUGACAACUAGUGAAAUGUUAGUAAACAUGAGUUCAGCAACCACCCUUGAGGAAUAUUAUCCUGCAGUUGCCAUUGCCACACUUAUGAGAAUCAUAAGAGAUCCAACCUUGUCUCAACACCAUACAAUGGUGGUUCAGGCUGUAACAUUUAUCUUCAAGUCCUUAGGAAUUAAAUGUGUGCCAUACAUUGCUCAAGUCAUGCCUAGUUUUCUAAAUGUUAUUCGUACCGCAGAAGUUCCCUUCAAAGAGUUCCUGUUCCAGCAAUUGGCAGUCCUAAUUGCUAUUGUGAAACAGCACAUCAGAAAUUACCUUGAUGACAUUUUUGUGUUGAUAAGAGAAUUCUGGACUACUAAUAGCCCUAUCCAAGCUACAUUGAUUCUGUUAGUGGAACACAUCGCUGUCGCCCUAGGUGCGGAGUUCAAAGUCUAUAUACCUCAAUUGAUGCCUCAAAUUAUGAGAGUUUUGUCCCAUGACAACAGCAAGGAUAGAACUGUGACAAACAAGCUUCUAGUCGCCCUUCAAAAGUUUGGCAACAGUCUAGAUGAAUACUUGCAUUUGGUACUUCCUCCCAUGGUGAGACUAUUUGAUGCUACUGAUUGUCCCAUUCCGGUAUGUAAAGCUGCAAUGGAGUCAAUUGAGCAUUUGGCAGAAUCAUUAGAUUUUACUGAUUCUGCCUCAAGGAUAGUCCAUCCAUUAGUUAGAACUCUUGACACUCAUCCUGAAUUGCGUCAAACUGCCAUGGAUACGCUUUGUGCUCUAGUCCUACAGCUUGAGCGUAAAUUUACUAUUUUCAUUCCCCUUGUAAACAAAACGGUGUCCAAACAUAAAAUAAGUUGUCAGCGAUAUGAAACAUUAACAUCAAAAUUACUAGCUGGGCAGCCUCUAGCUGAUGAAGAAAGUGUGCUUUCCAAGCGAAGGCAGGCAAGAAACAAAAAUAGAGAUCUUGCUUUGACUUCUUCUGAUACUACAACCAUCAAGCGCCUUCAUGUUUCUGCUCCCAACCUUCAGCAAGCAUGGACUGCCACUCGUCGAGUUUCCAAAGAUGAUUGGCUGGAGUGGCUCAGAAGACUUAGUAUUGGAUUGCUCAAAGAGUCUCCGUCACCAGCUCUACGCUCUUGUUUAGCUCUUGCCCAGACAUAUUCACAGCUACCUCGUGAUUUGUUCAAUGCGGCAUUUGUGUCGUGCUGGUCAGAGCUUGAUGAAAGCUUCCAAAGGGAACUAAUUCAAGCCCUUCAGCAAGCGCUCAUGGUGCCUGAUUUGCCAGAGAUUACUCAAACAAUUUUGAAUUUGGCAGAAUUUAUGGAACAUUGUGACAAGGGUCCGUUGCCACUCGACCCGCCUCGUCUUGGUGAAAGGGCCAUGCACUGCCGUGCAUAUGCCAAAGCCCUUCACUAUAAAGAGGAAGAAUUUCAUCAAGGGCCAAAUGCACAAGUCAUCGAGUCUCUCAUCUCAAUCAACAAUAAGCUGCAGCAGAAAGAAGCAGCUGCAGGCCUUCUAGAGUACGUUAUGAGCCAUCAUGGAAAAGAGUUUAAAGUUCAGGAACGAUGGUAUGAAAAGUUGCACAACUGGGAAAAAGCUCUUGAUUCCUAUAAAGAGCGGUUUGUUGAAAACUCGAAUGAUUUGGACUUAGUUCUGGGACAGAUGCGCUGCAUGGAGGCCCUAGGUGAAUGGGGGCAGCUGCAAGAUCUGGCUGAGAGUCAUUGGACUAAAAUGACCGAAGAUGCCCGCCAGCGAAUGUCUCGCAUGGCCUGUGCUGCUGCUUGGGGCUUGCACAACUGGGAAAGCAUGGACCGAUAUGUGAACUGUGUUCCUCGAGACACCCAAGAUGGUGCUUUUUACAGAGCUGUUCUUGCUGUUCAUCGAGAGCAAUAUGACACUGCUUUGCAACUCAUUGACUCAGCUCGUGAUCUUGUUGAUACAGAGCUCACAGCUAUGGCUGGUGAGAGUUACCAACGUGCGUAUGGUGCCAUGGUCUCUGUGCAAAUGUUGGCCGAAUUGGAGGAAGUAAUUCAAUACAAACUCAACAGUGAUAGACGAGAAACCAUUCGCAAAAUGUGGUGGGAAAGACUGCAAGGAUGUCAGAGAGUUGUAGAAGAUUGGCAGCGGAUCAUUCAGGUUCAUUCAUUGGUUGUGUCACCUGAAGAAGACAUGCACACAUGGUUAAAGUAUGCAUCAUUGUGUCGCAAGUCUUCUCGGUUCAUGUUGUCUAAGAAGACUUUGGUGAUGUUACUUGGCACUGACCCUGAUGACUGCCCAGAUCAACCCCUACCAACUGCUUGUCCCCAAGUGAGCUUUGCCUUUGCCAAGCACAUGUGGAUGUCAGGGAAGCAAGUAGAGGCAUACAGCAAACUGCAUCACUUUGUUCAAACCUCUUUACAGCCAGCAAUUGAAAGUGCUGGUGACAAACGUGACCAACACUGUCGCCUUUUGGCAAGAUGCUACCUGAAGCUGGGACAGUGGCAAGAAACUCUACAGGGCCUAAGCGAACAUUCCAUUCCAGCCGUCUUACACUACUACCAAGCUGCUCGAGAGCAUGACCCUAACUGGUACAAAGCCUGGCAUGCAUGGGCUUAUGUCAAUUUUGAGACUGUCUUGUUCUACAAGCCCAAUGAAAGUGGAAGCACCUCUGCCAACAGUUACAUAUCACAAUUCACCGUGCCUGCUGUUGUUGGAUUCUUUCGAUCUAUCUCUCUGUCCCAUGGCAGUUCUCUUCAGGAUACUUUGCGCCUCCUGACUCUCUGGUUUGAUUAUGGGCAGUGGCCUGAAGUAUAUGAUGCCAUUUUUGAAGGCCUGCGCACAGUACAAAUAAACACUUGGCUUCAAGUGAUUCCUCAGCUGAUUGCUCGCAUUGACACACCACGAGUGCUUGUAGGUCGACUAAUUCACCAUUUGCUCAUGGAUAUUGGAAAGCAUCAUCCUCAAGCCCUUGUGUACCCAUUAACUGUCGCAAGUAAGUCUGCAAGUACUCCACGCCGUAGUGCUGCGAACAAAAUUCUGAAGAGUAUGUGUGAGCACAGCCAGGCUUUAGUGCAGCAGGCAGUUAUGGUCAGUGACGAACUCAUCCGAGUGGCCAUUCUAUGGCAUGAGCUGUGGCAUGAAGGCCUUGAGGAGGCCAGCCGCCUCUUCUUUGGAGAGCGCAAUGUGAAAGGAAUGUUUGAAGCGUUAGAUCCUCUUCAUGCUAUGCUGGAGCGUGGCCCACAAACUUUGAAGGAAACAUCAUUCAAUCAAGCAUACUCCAGAGAUCUUAUGGAAGCUCAAGACUGGUGCCAGCGCUACAAAGUGUCAGGAAAUAUGCGUGACUUGAAUCAGGCUUGGGAUCUUUACUAUCAUGUGUUCAAGCGGAUAUCUAGACAGCUUCCUCAACUCACUAGUUUAGAAUUGCAGUAUGUAAGUCCCAAGCUGCUGAUCAGCCGUGAUCUAGAACUUGCUGUGCCAGGCAGCUAUGUUCCAGGGCAACCUGUCGUCCGUAUUGCACAUAUCCAAAGUUCUCUACAUGUAAUUACAUCUAAGCAGCGCCCUCGCAAGUUGUGCAUAAGGGGUAGCAAUGGUAGUGAUUACAUGUUCCUCCUGAAAGGACAUGAAGACUUACGACAAGAUGAGCGUGUCAUGCAACUCUUUGGACUGGUGAAUACAAUUCUCAUCAAUGAUCCAGAAACCUACAGAAGAAAUUUAACCAUACAACGUUAUGCUGUUAUUCCUUUAUCAACAAACUCAGGGCUGAUUGGAUGGGUGCCUCACUGUGACACUCUUCACACACUGAUUCGGGAUUACCGUGAGAAGAAGAAAUGCUUAUUGAAUAUAGAACACCGAAUAAUGCUGAGAAUGGCUCAAGAUUAUGAGCAUUUGACUCUUAUGCAGAAAGUUGAAGUGUUUGAGCAUGCGCUGGAACAUACUCAAGGAGAUGAUCUUGCCCGAUUGUUAUGGCUCAAAUCACCAUCAUCAGAAGUUUGGUUUGAUCGACGAACAAACUAUACAAGAUCCCUGGCUGUCAUGUCAAUGGUUGGCUACAUUCUUGGACUUGGAGACAGGCAUCCAUCAAAUCUUAUGCUUGAUCGAUUGAGUGGGAAAAUAUUGCACAUUGAUUUUGGUGAUUGUUUCGAAGUUGCAAUGACAAGAGAAAAGUUCCCCGAGAAGAUUCCCUUCCGCCUCACUCGAAUGCUUAUCAAUGCUAUGGAAGUGACUGGAAUUGAGGGCACAUAUCGUAGAACAUGUGAAUCAGUGAUGUCAGUACUUCAUCGCAACAAGGACAGCCUCAUGGCAGUGCUUGAAGCCUUUGUCUACGAUCCACUUUUGAACUGGAGAUUGAUGGAUGGGCAAACCACUCAAACAACAAGGAAAAUAAAAGGAGGACCAAAUGUUGACUCUGUGCCCUCUUCGACAUCAUCUCAGGAGCAUGGUGAUCUUGCAGAAAGUAUUGGAGCAGCCCCCACAUCUCUUAGCACUACCCUGCCAAAGAGAGGCCUGCAGGCUCUGACCAAUGCGGACAUUAAUGCUGCUGAGACAAAUCAACCCGAAGCGCUCAAUAAGAAGGCUCUUGCUAUUAUUACCCGCGUCCGAGAGAAACUAACAGGGCGGGACUUUUCACACGAAGAGGAAACUGUCUCUGUUCAACGACAAGUAGAACUUUUGAUUAAGCAGGCAACUUCAAAUGAAAACCUUUGUCAGUGCUACAUUGGAUGGUGUCCUUUCUGGUGAUUGCAUAGAAAUUCUGGUAUGGAGUGAAUGAAUGAAUGUCAACUGUAGGGUGUUUGUUUAGCAACCCAUUCAGGCAUCAGCGAGCAGAAAGUUUUAGAAAAAAUGAUCCUCCUAUGUUCUAUUAUGUAAAAAGAUCAUGACAGAGUUAAUUAAAAAUAUUUUAAGUAUAUGAAGAAAAGAAAAAUGAUUGCCUCAUUUGUGCCUUGCACCAUGUGGUACCAGAGCAUUCCAUCAUUUUGUAUUUUUGCAGCUGUAGGUAGAGUGUUGGGUAAACAUGUAAAAAUCAAUGAGUUUACUGAAUUUAAAAUGAAUGGAUCUAUCUAUCUGUUCUUAUUUUGUACAAAUGGAAUGUGAUUCUGAACAUGUUCAAAAAAUUUCUAACUUAUUUAUGUGAAAGUGUUUUCUUUUAAAGGUAUGUUAUAAAAUGAAAUUCUUCUAUGUCCUUUUUUAAUUUUGUGGAUCCAUAAAUCUGCUGCAGGACCAUUCAAUGAUUGGCUGUAGUAAUUUUGACACAUGAGUGUCAUGUGAUUUGGUUCUCACAGAAAAAUAACAAACACAAUGUUCGUGUUUGUUGGUUUUGUUGUAAUUGUGCAAUUGGUACAUACAAGGUUUCUAGAAUGGAAAUGUCAUUCAAAAUGAAUCAUUUUCCUGUAACUACCUCAUAAACCAGUGUCUUCAAUUUAACCAAAAACCAAAUUGUUGUUUGUUUUAAACUGAUCAAAACUAAUAUGUAAAUACAGUUGAAUGCCCACUCAACACAAAUGUAUAAAUGUAUUUACCUUCUAGUGUACUCUUUUUGAAAAUGAGGUUCAAUUGUUAGAUAUAACAUCAUGUGAUAUAUGCCCUUUCUGUGUAUUGGGCUAUAAGUUGUUUGUGGAUUUUGAGUGUAUAAAGCCUAACAAUUGAAAAAGCUUAUUGUGAUCAUUAGGAUAUGUAAUAUUUGUUAACUGUUUUCUUCUUACUUUUCUAGUUAUGAUGAUCGAAUCAUACAUAAUAGACUGCUAUUGUCAUCUGUGGACAUAGGGAAACUGUGGGGAUGAUUUACUGGCUUAUGUUUCCUAGUCAUGUGAUAAAUUAGUUAUCAUUUGUGUUCAGAUUAUUUAAGCACAUUAAAGAUGCUUCAUUUA